UGGCUUUCCAUACUGACCAACGUCAUCCUGCGACAUCAACAUGCGACUGUUUUCGGUCAGUGCUGUCUUGUCAGCGGGCGAAGGACAUGAAUGCGGUUAUGUGAAUCUUGACAGCCCCACAGCUUCUUAAAUUACUUCAAUAUUUUUUCCGUUUUUUUACUGGAACAGUUAAUGACAAGCUUCUCGGUCAGGCACCACCAGGUGUCCGUGGUAACGGACAACAGCCACGCUUGUUAAAAGAGAUAUUUCAUCAGACCGACCCUCUACUUUGCUGCUUCUUUGCCUCUAACAGUUUUGAUUAUCUCUAUUUUCUCCAAAUUGCAAUCAUGGAUGUGGCAGAUUCUUGAUCAGGAAGGAUGACAUCGGAGGCUACGGUCUCCACAUCUCCUGCCAUAAGCAGCACCCCUGUCAAGAGGGACUACUACUUUCUUCGCUCCUUUGUGGCUGGAGGUGUUGCAGGAUGCUGCGCCAAGACUACCAUUGCUCCUCUGGACAGAAUCAAGAUUCUUCUUCAAGCCCAGAACCCCCAUUACAAACAUCUAGGAGUGUGGUCUACUUUCAAGGCUGUGCCAAAGAAAGAAGGCUUCCUUGGCUUGUACAAGGGCAAUGGGGCAAUGAUGGUCAGGAUAUUUCCUUAUGGAGCCAUCCAGUUUAUGUCCUUUGACAAAUAUAAAAAGCUGCUAAGUAAAAAGAUUGGGAUCUCUGAACACAUUCACCGCCUUGUGGCCGGAUCAAUGGCAGGGAUGACUGCGGUGAUAUGCACCUACCCUUUGGAUGUGAUCCGAGCCAGACUGGCCUUCCAGGUGACAGGAGAGCAUCGAUACACUGGAAUUGCCAAUGCCUUCCACACUAUCUACCUUAAGGAGGGGGGCAUCUUGGGCUUCUAUAAGGGACUUACACCAACACUUAUUGGAAUGGCCCCUUAUGCAGGUUUCUCAUUCUAUACCUUUGGCACCCUGAAGAGCCUUGGCUUGAAACAUUUCCCAGAGCUGCUGGCACGCCCCUCCUCAAACAACCCUGAUGUCCUCAUUCUGAAAACCCAUGCAAACCUGCUCUGUGGGGGGGUUGCUGGUGCCAUUGCUCAGUCAAUAUCGUACCCAUUGGAUGUUGCUAGGAGAAGAAUGCAGUUAGGAGCCGUGCUUCCUGACUCUGACAAAUGUGUAUCACUGAGCAGGACCCUGACAUACGUGUAUAAUGAGUACGGGGUCAAGAAGGGAUUAUACCGAGGCCUUUCUCUCAACUACAUCCGCUGUAUCCCCUCCCAGGCCGUGGCCUUUACCACCUAUGAGUUUAUGAAGCAGACCCUCCACCUCAACUAGCCGCUGUUUUCAUUCCUUUCGAGUCAUUAAGGGAUCGACCUCAAUGCUUCCAUCAUAGAGUGAUCUGAGGCUCACUCGCUACGUCUUAAACUCUUCAAUGUGGGAAUUGCCUUUUCCUUGAGUUCACCGAAGGCAACAGAAGUCAGUUAACGUGGAAAAAAGGAAACUGGAUAUCAAACAAUAAGGCAUCCCUCGUCUGUCCUAUUUCAUUCCCUCUUCCUGCUUUUGUGAGUUUUAAGAGAAGAUUUACUCAAAAACAUGAAAUGCGGCUUGAAUUUGAGCAACUCCCUUAUCAGUGUAUCCAUGGAUACAGCAGGUCAGUGGCUCGGUUGGUUGGAUGGCUCGGGGCAAUGAUAUGUUAUUUAACAAUGUUGUUGGCAACACCACAACAACCCUCUGAUUGUGUAGAAGCCCCCUCAUUCACACAGAUGUCCUCAUACUCUCUUUUUCUGUCUAUCUCAUGACCCAAAGUGAUAUUAGGAUGGACACCAGCUUAAAAUGAUCACAUUAGCUGUUUCUUUACAAAGUCAACUCGGUACAACUCAGUGCUAUGCAUUUAUUUGAAUAGUAUAUCACCCCUAAGCACUUCAGUUCUACAGCUACACUUUUUUAAAUUUUUUUUUUAGUUUAAUAUUUUACUUUUUCCAAAUAUUGUUGAAGAGUGGCUGGAAUUUUAAAAUAAUCUGAUCUAAAAGGUUUUGUUCACUUACAGUUUAGCUUGUCUUAAUCUACAGUGCAGGUUUGGGGUGCAGCAAAGUUGCUGUUUGUGUGUCUUUGUUCUUGACACAAAUCUAAAAUCAGUUUAAUAAAAAAGAUGCAGUGACCAGGAUGGCACAUAAUUUCACUUUAAGACAUUAAUAUUUUAUUGCUAAUCUUUGAAUAGUGCAUUUACUGUAUGCAUUUUCAGUUUUAUGGUUAAUGUGCAAUUAGUUUUGGUUUAGCCUGUAGCUUUUAUGAUAUUGAAUUAUGUGCAUCUUUUCUCAACUCUGAUCAGGAAGAUAUUUUGAGAUUAAGAUGUUAGCAUUUUUGACAUAAUAUGGAUUUAGGUCUGACAUGUCUGGAGGGAGGUGUAGGGACUCAGGAGAAAUUUGCACUUCAUCACUGUAGCUUUUUCUUCAAUUAUGUGUUGAUUUAGCGACUUGUUGCCACUGGGUGGCAGCAUUGAAUUUAAAUUGAAUUGUUUAGGGUCAGAGCUGGACACAACAUUCAUUUCCUACACACUGUAUUUUAUCAAAUACAAGUCAGAUAGGGAUUUUUAUGUUUUUUUCCCUGUCUUGCCUAACAAAAGAAAGUUGUCAAAUAUUGAGUAUGUAAUAGUGAUAUAUGCAGCGUUUUUAAACCCAGUUCAGCUAAAAUGUUUGACUAACAAUCAGAGCUCCUGCCGGUAGGCUGAACAUUAAAAAAAGAAAUUCCCACUGGCCUUUAAUUAAAGGUUGUAUUUACACCAAAUCAGGCUUAUUGCAGCAACGCCAGAUUUGGUGUGAAUGCAGCUUUAGUCACCACCAAUGUUUAUGUAUGCUUCAUUAGUUGUACAACCAUCUGUCUUUUUUCAGCCUGUUGCCUUUCUCUGCAUUUAAUGUCUUACUUCCCCAGAGUGAUUAAUGUGUUUUAUUGAAGUUUCUUCCCACGUUUCAGUCAAUGUCUCAGGUCUUAGAUCACUGUAAAUGAAAUUGCAGAGAUCAGACAGUUUCCAACGUGGCUUGAAAUUAAAAUUAACAUGUCUACCUACAACCACUCUUCACAGUUAACAUACAUUCACCAACAUUUGAAUAAUUGCGGGGGGACUGAAUAGGUAAAACUUUACUAUUAUUAUUUCACGAAAAAAGCAAAUAUUUGAGAAAAGUCCAAACACAAAAUUGUCUCAGAGACAGUCCUCUUGACCCUACCAAAAUCUGUGACAUUUGCUACAUACCCUGGUAUUCUCCAUCCCUGGAUUAUGAGGUGAUGUCACUUUCACCCCCCACACCCACCCCACACUCCGACACACUGUAUAGUAGAUACAGCAGUCAACUGUCAGUAGUGUGGACAGUAUGGAGUAAUGAAAGAUCUGUCAGAGCAGAGGGGUGGAGCGGCUGCAGGCUAGUGCAGAGGCAGGUGUGGUACCAUUUGUGGUUCAAAUGCACUUUUUUUAAAAGAAAAAGUAAAGGGAGGUGUGUUUAAGAUAAAACAGAGUGUUUUGUUGCUCUUUGAUAAUGUUUUGAUUGCUGAGAUUAGUUUUGUGUGAGGUAAGGAACUACCCCAAAUCACAAGUGAGAUGAAGAGACCUCUAUGUAACUCUUGAUUAAAGUGCAUCUAACAAUGAAUAAGCUACAGUAUCUGUAACUGCACCUGCACUGCAACCUGUUUGUAAGAGCUGAAUCACACACUCUCACGGCUGAUAAGUGGGAAACAAAAUAUAGUAUUCAGUAACAUUUCUGCUUUUCAUGGUGCCACUCAUUCAUCUACAUUACUACUCUGCUUUUAAUUUAUGCUUGUUUUUAUUUCCAUGUUGGGUUUGAACACAUGAUGAGUCACUGCUGUUUUUUUUUAGUUUUACAAAAUCUAUCAGUGCUUCAAGAGCAGAUCAGCUCUGUUCCUGCUGCUCACUGUAACAUCUGAUUAUGUACUGUAGGAGAAAGAAGUUAUUUAUAUACAGUAUGUAAAUGUCCAUAACAGUACGCCGUACUACUUAAACUAUUUUAGAUGUGACUGAAACAUGAUGUAUAGUUUUGAGAAUGAUUGAACAAUGAAAAUUCCUUUUUAUUAUUAUUUUCUCAAUUUGUACAUGUACGUUUGCCUGCCUGCUUUUUAUAAGCAGUCUGAAUUACAUGUCGCCUUCUUAAAACUGUACCAAUGCUUGUGUCUUUAUUUCGCCUGUCUUUAUUUUGUCUGUAAGUGUGAACAUGUGAAUAUAUAUAUUUUUUUUUAUCAAACUUAUGAAGCAGGAACAAGUAACUUCCUCACUUUGAGUUUUACUUGCACAGACCCCUGUUAAUGUUACAGUUUCAGCUGUAAAACCACAGAUGCAUUUGCAUUUAUUUUACUGAGACUAGAAUACACUGUGUUGUUGUCCAGUGUCACGUACUAAUUUGACUGGUAAAUGUGAUGUGUAAAAGAUGGAUGUUCAAAUGUUCCAUUUCCACAUCAGUUCAAUAAAACAUUCUCUGUUUUGGCCUGUAA